AUGUCUACCGGGAAUCUUAAAGAGGUCAUGAGACUAUUGCAGAGCGGUAAAACAUCUGGAAAGAUAGCCUUAAGCGUCGAUGGAGCAGAUAUAAUCCCUAAUUUUGACUCAAAGUCUUCAUCCAUAAUAGAAGGUGGCUUGGGUGGUUUGGAUAGAAGUGCAGCGUUGUGGAUGGCUGAUAAAGGAGCAAAAUAUCUCAUUCUUUUAUCAAGGUCUGGGCCUGCGACAAAUGCUACUAUCUCUUGGCUAAUCAAGCUACGUGCUAUGGUAAUUUCUAUCGAAGCACCCAACUGCGGCAUUACAUCUUUUGAUCAACUAAGAAAAGCUAUCUCGCAGUGCUCUAAAGCCUUUCCUCCCGGCUAA